CACCGUGACGUGUAGAAAGGAAACGUCAGCCAUUACUUUGGGAUUGUUGUGGAAUUCUGCUACUUUGCUUAGAUAACCUCCUCCUGAACAGCUUAAGACAUGGACGACAUGACAGCAGAAGAUAUCCAACUGCGAGCCAAUCAGGUCACAGAUGAGUCUUUGGAAAGCACACGCAGGAUGCUGAAUCUUGCUGUAGAAAGUCAAGAUGCUGGAAUCAAGACCAUCACCAUGCUGGAUGAGCAAGGCGAACAAUUGAACCGAAUUGAAGAAGGAAUGGAUCAAAUCAACAAAGAUAUGCGUGAGGCAGAGAAGAACCUCACUGAGCUGAACAAGUGCUGCGGCCUCUGUGUCUGUCCUGGGAAACGGGCUAAGAACUUUGAGACUAAUGAUGUGUAUAAAAAGGCAUGGAGUAACAACAACAAAGACUCUGAUGUGGUGUCAAAGCAGCCUGGUCAAUCUUCUAAUGGGCAGCAGCAGAAAAAUGCUGGAGGCUACGUAAAAAAGAUAACAAAUGAUGCUCGAGAAGACGAAAUGGAUGAAAAUCUAGACCAGGUGGGCAGCAUCCUUAAUAACCUAAAGAGCAUGGCAUUAGACAUGGGCAACGAGAUUGAUUCUCAGAACAAAGUGAUUGACAGGAUCAAUGAUAAGGCGGAGACUAACAAAGACCGCAUUGAAGAGGCCAAUAAAAGAGCUCAGAAACUCAUAGAGUGAAGACUGAAAAAAAAUGUGUGCGCCUUCAUACUUUUUUUUUUUUUUUUUGUCCAUUGACGUUUGGAAGUACACUGUCAUAAACGUUUGUCUCAAUACGGAGUGGUUUCUUAAACUGUGAUCCUUCUUUGAGCAUUAUAAUUGGUUAACAGAGGGCCCAGUCUGUUUAAAAUGUUUUAAUUGAUGAACUUGUACCCAUGAAUGGAAAAUGUCUCACGUUAGCCCUUGAUAUGUCAUCUAAUAUGUUUUGUGUGAGUUUCAUAUUCAUAUAGCGUUUAAAACCAUUUUCUCCACUUUACAAAGGAUACAGCCUUUUACAGGUUAUGAAGACAAUUGUAAGGAACUUUUUCUUUUAAAUCACUUGAAUAUGGGUAGGAAUUGCUUUUUUGUACACUCUAAUGGCUUAAAUUGUCAGGUUUCCGAAACGUCCGUGAUUUUUUUUGUUUCCCAUUAAAUUAAGUAUUUUCCACAUCCAAUAUUAGGGUUUGAUUAACAUUCAGAUAAAACAAUUGCUUUAAAAGACUAAAUUGGAAAAUAACUAGGGAUAGUAUUUAAUAGCAAUUCAGUUUUACCAUUGCAAUGGUUAUUUGGUUUAAACUGUGUCUGGGAUGUCUCCUCUACCAAAGAGACACACUUAUAGUAGUGCUGUUCUUUUGUACUUUUUGCUGGUGAAUAUUUUUCUUAACAUGAGAAAACGAGUAGCAUAAUUUAUAUAGUACUGUCAUCAUCAUUUUAUAAAGUUAUUUCAUUUUGUAUAUGCUUUAGCUUCAUGUAGUAAAUUCUGUUUAAUGUAGAAUCUCCAUAUUAUCUGCGGUUUCAAUGUUUUCCAGUCUACUAGAAAAAUAUUACUUCCUCCUUAGUACCACAACAACUAUUAUUUAAAUGAGGCUAUAAAGACCAAACUAUGCAUCAUAGCUACCUCAAACAUUCUUCAAAUCAACAGAGAACAAAAAAGAACUGCAGAGAAGCUGUGAGUUUAUCACCUCUUGUUAACAAAUUAUUCUAACCUGCCCCAAGUUGGAAUGAUACGAGUCUGCUGACAUCUAGUCAUCUAAAUAAGAUUUAAGUAUUUUACAAAGAAUGGUUUUGUCAUGAGCAGUGAUUUUCAAAUUGGAAUCCCAUUACUGGUCCGUUUUACUUGCUGAGAAAUAGGUCAAUGUAUUGAAGAUGAAUGUACUUAAGAGUGUUUCAUUACAAAAGAAUCAGUGUGUUAAUGUUCCCAAUCUCUCUUAAUAAUGUUUUUUUUUCUUUCUUUCAAUACAUUAAUAUUUUUUAGAAAAGUUUAAUUAUUCAAAGGGAAUGACUAUUUCUUUUUCUCUAAAGCGAUGGUUCAAGUGGAUUAAUCCACAAAACAUUUUGAUCCAGCAUCCUUCAACCUAAUCCUGCUUUUAACAAAUACAUAUUAUGUGACUGAGAAGUUGCUUUGAUCCACCCCAGCAUUUAUUGUAGUACUUUAAUUAACUAUUUUUAUCCUGUAAUUGCUAAAAUGUAUAUAAUUGUGUAAUCUUAUUCCAUAGGGAAGUGCACACGAGGUAUAAUUCAUGGUUCUUAUAAAUGAAUGCAGUUUUUUGCUAUAUAAAGUUUCAAUGAUUGUGCUGUGUAUGCUGGGUUGAUUUUAGGGGAUCAGGGUACCAGUCAAGCAAGGUAGUUUUGUUAAAAUCAGUCUUGUUCAGCUGUAUAACUCGCUUGACUGCUUCCUGACCCAAUGACAAAAUAUGACUUUUCAUGCUGUGACUUAAUACAGCAACUUACAAAUCAGACAAGAGUGAUUUGUGUUCAUAUGUCUAUUUAAAAAAAAAAAAAGCUAGAUAACAUCUUGUUGUUUUCUUAAAACAAGUUUACAAAAACCAACACUGGAAUAUGCUAAUAUUUAAAUAAAGGCAAUACAUUUGUUCACUUUUAAGCAUUAGUAGCUGUAGGGUUCCUUUUAAACAUGAACCUGCUAUAGCCCAAUUAUAUUAAAAGUUGUAAACGUUUCGUUAGAUACAACCUGAUUAUUAUGAGGAACAUAAAGGUCCAAUUGUAAAUGUAUUGUACUUUUAUUAAAUUCUGCUAGAAACACUUAUUAAGUUACUUUCAUUUUAAAAAAAUCUUCCUUUAAUAGUUAAAGGGACGUGAAAUCCAACAAUUUUCUUUCAUGAUUCAGAUAGAGCAUAGUUAGAAAUAACUUUCUAUUUUACUUCUAUUAUCUAAUUUGCUUUGUUCUGUUGGUAUCCUUUGUUGAAGAAGCAGCAAUGCACUACUGAGAGCUAGUUGAAUGCACAGGGUGACCAAUAACAUGCGGCAUAUAUGUGCAGCUACCAAUCACAGCUCCUGAGUCUACCCAGAUAUCCUUUUCAACAAAGGAUACAAAGAAUCAUAAAGGAAACAAUUUGGAUUUAGUGUCCCUUUAAUCCUACAGACAGUGCCGUAUCACUGGAUGUCACUGCUAUUUCAGAGCACUGCUCUAGAGGCUUACUUUUGUAUUGCUGGCAAGUGCACUUUUAUAGUUAUUACUUUAAAUGAUAUUUUUUUUGCGGUGCAAUUCAUUUCUGUGUAAAUCUUUUUGUACCUAUAAGUGAAGGAAUGGGCGUUUGCAGUACAAAUUACCAACAAUUUAAUGACUAGGUUACCUGGUAAGAUUAAUACUUAGAGAUAGUAAACAAAUAAAUGUGUUCUUCUAAUAUAAGGUGUUAGGCUGUGUCCCUUUUAUGUAGUUCAAAAUCUAGGUGCCUUCUGAUAGGCAGUUGGGAACAUUGAUAUUUGCGCUGUUAAAGCUUAUUGCAUGUUUCUAGCAUAUCAAAUGUAUAUUUUUUUUGUUUUAGUAAAACAUUUGAAUGUUUGCAGUCAUAUUUUUAACUUGUGGAUAUUUGACUGGUGUUUCCAAAUCCACACUGUGCCUUUUUUCAUUACAAUAUAAAGUUAUUUUCUUAAAGAAUGUAACACAAUGUGCCUUUCAAUAUUUGCCUGAAGUUGUGUAAUUUCAAAAUCUCUAUUAAAUUGGCUGCAGAUAACAA